AUGAGGAUUAUUUCUUCUGUAAAAUUGGUGAGGGGAAAGAAAGAUUCGUGGUGUUGGAUAAAGGAAGAGAAUGGGAUCAAUACUGUUAGUUCUGCUUAUGAGGAACUUAUGGAUUUUGUCAAUUCGGAUGAGGAUGUUGUGUUCAGAUAUUUGUGGGCAUCCUUGGCUUCUUCGAACGCAAUUGCUUUGGGAUGGAGAGUUUUAAUUGACUGUAUUCAAACUGGAACAAAUUUGUUGAGAAGGAAUGUUGCUAUUGAUAGCUCUAUUUGUCCCUUGUGCUUACAAUUUGAGGAAUCAACGAAUCAUCUUUUUUUCUCUUGCUUGGUCUUAUGGCAGAUUUGGGCUCUUGUGGAAAAUUGGUUGGGUUGGUCCAUGGUUCUCUCUGCUUCUGCUAAGGAGCACUUACAGCAAUUUGUUUGUGUUGGUUCUGGUUCAGUCAGGAAGGGGCUCUUGGUGGUUUGGCUAGCAACUGUCUGGCAUUUGUGGGUGGGCAGAAAUGGCAAAACUUUUAGAGGGGAAGAUGUCCAACCUAUACAGAUUUUUGAGCAGAUCAAACUGAAAGCUUGGUUAUGGCUAAGAGCAAAGCAUAGAAAUUUCCGUCAUGCAAUUUUAGAAUGUUGUUUUGAUUUGCAGGACUAUUUGCAUGUUGGAACAUUUUCUUGGUCGCUUGUUACUGGUAUUUUCGUUGGGUGGCUUGCUGCGGGUUGGUGGAAUUUGUUGGUUUCUUUAUCUUGGAUUAAGCUCGUGGGUCCUGUAAUGCUUCAUUGGGAUGGCAUGUUCAAAGUUUCAAAGCAUUUUGUCAUGCUUGCUGUACAAUGA